GUAUGGGUGAGGACUUAAGAAAUCAUAAACAAGAUUAAUACUAAAUUUUAUCAAAUAAACCACAUAGAAUUCGAUAACCUCUUUAGUGGCAAGUUUCAUAUCUGUGAAUUUUGUUGUUUGUUACUUUUUCUCCGGCAUUACAGAUAAUCGUUAUGAUGAAGUUCCCCUUAGUGCUGACAUUUGUUGCAUUUCUGUGGAUUUGGGAGGCUAAUGGAUUUACCGCAGAACAAAUAAAUGAAAUUCGUAGUAUUUGUAGUGAAGAAUUAAAAAAAAUUCCACGUCAAAAAGGUGAUAGGGGUUUUCCGGGAAUUCCGGGUGUACUAGCUCCACCAUCUUUUGGGGCAAUCGGACCUCCAGGAAAAACUAUAUAUGGUCUCCCAGGAGCACCCGGAAUACCCGGUCCAAUGGGAGCUCCCGGUGCGGCAGGACUACCCGGAUUGCCAGGAGUUAAAGGUGAUGUAGGUUCCUGUAGCAGAAAAUAAUUUGGAAGUUCUGAAUGAAAAUUUAAAACUAUUCUUACUUUUGACAUAUUAUGUAGAUAUUUGCUGUUGUAUCAUCCAAAUAAGUAUCAUUAGAACGUAUCAAAAAUUA